AUGCACGUCGCGAUAGGGCACUACGUGUCCUUCACUGGGCUCGCCGGGCGAUUCUCCGAUCUGCAGGCCGGCUCCUCCAUGGGACUCGUCUACCUCCUCUCCGGGUUUGUCAUGGCGUUGGGCUAUGGACAGAAGGCCGUUCGUCCCUCUCACUGGCUCCGGCUGCGACAAGUGCUGCUGCGCCUGCUGCGACGCGGAUUGCUGCUUCCGCCCUUCUGCGUCUCGCGCGCCGACGCGGCAGCCGACGCGCCGAUCUUCGCUGGCCGGCGCUUCUAUGAAUGUAUCUUAUUCCGGGGCCGGUGUGCGGGGAGCGAACCUAGAACGACCGCCCAGAAGCUUUCUGAGCGAACCAAUCGGGCCAGGAUCAUCAGCAUAUGUCCCCUCCACAACAUCGUGGGCGUUUGA